UUAGUAGUUCUGUAAAUAAGUAUUCUUAUUUAAUUUGAAUAUACUCGUAAUUUUUUAGUGUUGUUUAAAUUCCUCUGAAGAUACAAAUUAAUCACAGAACUUUGGAUUGUGACAGUAAGACAACGGUACAACCCUUGAAAUUGAAAAUAAACUUUGGUAGAACAAUUAUGUUUUUAAGAGGGAAUUUAGCUAGUCGUAAUAUUACUUAAAUCAAUUAACGGUGGACUAUAAUGUAUAUAUAUUACAUCUUUUAAAUUCAGCUAUUUUCUUCUCACGAUCGAGUCUUUGAUUUUCUUGGAGUUCGAACAGAAAAAGAGAAGGAUUUCGUCAACAAAAAGGGAAGGUUUUUGUAUCCAAAACCCAAAUUCCAUUAUAAACUGAGACAGGACAUUUAUCGUAAAUGACAAACCCUUCGGAUGAAACUAGGGCAGACCUAGCAGAACAACUAGCAACGUCACUGAAAAUGACAAAGCCUUCGGAUGAAGCUAGGGCAGCCACCAAGAAAAGAGCAGAAGAAUUUAUGUCAGGAUUCAAAAUUAAUGAUCCCAAAUUUUGGAGAUCGAUGAUUCCAUCAGCUGUCAAUAGUGUCUUCUUGCUGCGCCUUCCGGGUGAUUUUUGUACAAAGAACCUGCCUAAUAAGGAAGAUAAGAAUGUUGUUAUAUUAAUAGAUAAAAAUGGAGAAGAGUAUAAAACUGUGUACUUGGCAAAGAGAGCUGCACUAAGUGGUGGGUGGAAAGCAUUUGCACUUGCUCAUAAUUUGAUGGAUGGGGAUGUUCUGUUGUUUAAAUUAAUACGUCCUUCAGUUUUUGAGGUUUUCAUUUUUCGUGUGAAUGAUCCAGAACAGUGGGGUUACGACUAGCUUUAACUCUUCAUAUGCUACUGAAUGAUCAGUUCCAUUAAUUAGGUAACAAAUGAAAGAUUAACAUUGAUCAGUACAUAAUACUAUAUGAUAAUGGCAUAUAUAUAUAUAUAUAUACGUGGACGACCGGACGUAAAAGCUAAAGCUUUAUCUCAAAAUGUGUGUUACAUUCUUUUGUCGUUUUGUAUUUUAAGUAAAUAUGUGUGUAAAAUUUGAAGGAGAUCCAAUCACCUGUAUAGAUAUAUAUAUAUACACACAUUAUUUUUAGGAGUGGAACGCACAUAUAUUCCUUUUCUAUUUCUUUCCACUUAUUUUUCAGAAUUCAUGGUGUUAUUUGGAAUGUAAUAAAACAUUAAAUAUGUUUAGA